AUGGAGUUUGAAAAAUUUCCUAUAUUAUACGAUAUUAUGGCACAAGAAAUAGUCUUGUCUGUGGCAGAGACUAAUGUACUUCGAGCAAAAGUGGGACUUCCCUUAAUACCGACAGAAAAUGAUUCAGAAUCAGUAAAGCAAGAAGUGAAUGAACCAAUACCGGUUACCAGUGCAACAUAUGAAUUAUCAAUAGAAGAAACAAAUAAACUACGAAUAUCUAUUGGUUUGGCUCCUAUACCAGUAGAGAGUCAUUCAUUGUCUAGUUCUGAAGUGGAGAAUCAAAGAAACCAUGAACAAGCCUUACAGAAGAGUCAACGCAAUGAAGAACUUAAGCUGAGAAUCACUCAAGCAAAGACCAAAUCUCAUACUAGGAAAGCAUUAAGUGGUAAAACAUUGACUGAAGAUUUUGAACCUAUUAGCACUAGUAAUUGGCUUGAUUCUUUAGGUCAAAACAAUAGUAAAAGUCAAAGUCAAAGUCAAAGUAAAAGUUCAACUGCAAAGUCCUUGAAGUCAAAGCUCGGUGGUACAAGUGCUGAUAUAAAAGUAGGACACAGUCUUAAAGAACUUCAAAAUUUGAAUGAGAAUGAUAUACUCACACUUGACGAUAACGGAAUACUUGAUUCUGAUAAUGAGGUAGAUGCCACCUUAACUAAUGAAAGACUUUCUAAUAGUAAAAGACUCAAGAAAGAGUUGGAGGAACGAGCAGAAGCAGAGAAUAUAAAAUUUAAUGGAAGACAUUCUAAGACAACCCCAUUAUUUGGGGAAGAAGAUGAAGGUGAACAAGAUGAAAAUGAUAAUUCGGGAGUUAUCUUAGGUGCUGGAUCUACUAUCACAUUCAAACAAUCUACUGAAAAGCCAGAACCUCUGCAGCAUAAUAAUAAAUUGAAGUUAGGACAAUUAUUUGAUGAAAUUGAUCCUGAUAAUGAUGGAGGUUUCAAUGUUGCUAGUGAUUAUGCUAAGCCGAAAAAGGCAUUGAGUAUGAAGAAACUCAAAAAGAAGGUUAAAUCUCAAAGCAAAACCAUAACUCUGGUGAUUGAUGAUGAUGAAGGGAUCCCUAAAGUAAAGCUCAAUCGGUUUGAUGAUGAAGAGAAUGAAGAGGAACAACUUCAAAAGAUGCUAGAAGAAUCCAGACGAAAGAAGCAAAAGCGUCAAAGAAGUGAAAUGACCCCUGAGGAUAUUGCCAAUGAAGUCACACGACUCAAACGUCAGGAAUUACAAGAUACAGAAGAUGAUGAGAGAAAGGCCAUCUUCUUCAACGACACUUCAGAUUUUCUUCAUUCCUUGUCUAGAAAUAUAUUGACUGGGGAUAUAAAUGGUGCAGACAAUGACAUUGAAGAUGAUUUGUUUAAAUCUACAAAGGUAAAGAAGGAAGAACAUGAUGAAUAUAAGUCUAUAGUAAAGCAAGAAGAAACUCCAAUUGACUUAAAGACAGAAGAACCAAAUGAAAAUGAAAAUGAAAAUGAAAUACAAGACGAUACACCACAGUUUAAUAAUGGACUUGCAUCUACAUUAAAAUUUCUUCAGUCUCGAAAUAUCCUAGAAAAGUCGACGAACGAAGAUAAUGAGCAAGAAAGAAAACGCCAAGAAACCAUCAAAGAAGCAGAAAUGUUGCAAAUUAAGAUUUCCAUAGAAGAGCGAAUCUUACGCGAACAACUUGAAUCGGAUAAGAAGUAUCUUAAUCUUCCCAAACUGGAAAGGGGUGAAAUAUUUGACAGAUUACUUGAUGAGAAACUUACAGAAAAGGGGAUCAUUAAACAAAUAUCUCAUCAUAAUCAACAACACCAACAAAAGUAUUCUAAAUACACAAAUCAAUCAGGUCAUAAUAUUGUAGAAAAUAAACUUAAAUCAUACAAUCCAAAAGUUACAAUAUCUUAUCAUGAUGAUGGAGGUAAUACCCUAAAUACGAGAGAGGCGUUUAAAUACCUUUCGCACCAAUUUCAUGGUGUAGGACCUAGUAGACCCAAACAAGAGAAACUUAAACAACAAAGGCAAAGACAAAAGCAUCAAACCGAACCCCAAAGUCAAAGCCCAGACAUUUCAUCUACAAAUUCAGGUUAUGGAAAAAUUGUUUGACACAUUUCUGUCAAUGUACAUAGCUCGUAAUAAACAGACAAAAAUAUAUUUAUCGUAAAUUUAUGCAGUGCGUUGACCGAGUUCGGGUGAGAGAUGGAAAAGAUAAAAAAUUUUAAUCCGCAAUUGACAA